CGAAAGAUAGCCUUGAUAGAGUAGGCACUACUCUUGAUUUCGGCUGCUGAUACCUCCUAGCUGCGGUGCAAGUGCCUCCCUACCUCUUAUUCGUCCUUCUUUCUCCUGCUGCCUACUUCUUUGACUUUGUUUCUGUGUCAACAAAGGCACCCCUCCCACGUUUUUUGGCUCUACUUCGUCCUGUUCCCUUCGCGCAAAGGAUUCCAGCUCUGAUUGAACAGCACUCUUUUGAUUGCCGCCUGAUAUCUCCAUUAUCGAUUUCUGAAAGAGGCUGUAUCUCGCUGUGGCGGCGAUCGCGUUCUGUUACGCGGCUUAUAACCUCGCGGAUUCUUGUGAAAAUGGUCUCAUUCUCGUGUGAGGCGUGCGGUGACGUUCUCACCAAGAAGAAGCUUGAUCCCCAUCGCAACCAAUGCCGCGGCGCAAGCUUCACCUGCAUUGAUUGUAUGGUCCAUUUCCAAGGAACAUCUUACAGAUCCCAUACGUCAUGUAUGAGCGAGGCUCAGAAAUACCAAGGCGCACUCUACAGAGAGAAGCCGGCCAAAAACGGUCGCAAAGGCAAUAACAACAAUAAUCAGAACGGCAACAAAAACGACAAUAACAGCGCGAAGACGAACACCAGCCACCGUGCUCCAUAUAUUGAAGACGCCCCCGAUUCCCAAGUUAAUCUUGUUUCCACCGUUUCUACUACCUCUACAUCGAACGGAACCACAUCAGCCCCAGCACAAGAAGGCACCAAGGUCAAUGUGUUUGAUUUCCUAGUUGACGAAAAGACACCGAACGCGUCCAAAGUCUCUCUUGCCGAACCGAAAGAGCAGAUGAAAAUGAAGGACCACGCACCUUCGGUUUUUGAACGUUCUCAGUCGUCGACGCGCGCUGAAGCGGAGGAGGGUGAUGAAAAUAAAGACUACGAAGAGAACGGCUUUACUUAUGGUUCAGGGCCUAUUCAACCACCAGUGUAUCCCAACAAGGAUGCUGCUGUAUCACAGGAGUUCAUGACUCCUGCCCCGAAAAAGAAGAAAGAUCGGCGUACUGAGAGGAAGCAGUCUCCCCCCGCUCUGACUGCGACUUCAAGCGAUAAGAAGCGGAAGCGCCGCACCGAUGACCAUGACAUGGAGGACGCAGACACUCCUAUGCUCGAGGCUCCAUCUAGUGUGUUGAAUCACCCAGGAACCCCGAUGCUCCAUUCCGGUCUAACAGGCGGGCUUGACCGCAUGCUCCGAUCGCCUUCACUAGAUGGUGAAGAUGACCUGGAAAACCCGCGCCGACGAUACCAGGAUCCUUCAUCGCCUCUCAAGCGCACACGUCGCGACGAGAAGGAAGGCCACGGUGACGCAGGCCUGGGCAUCUCGAUCAAAAACCGUGCUGAGCGUCUAGUCUCUUCUAUGUUUGCUGGGUCCAGCGUUUCCGGAAGCAGUGUCGCGGGUAAUGAAGCUGAACCUCGCAAGUCUAAGAAGACUCACAAGGUCCGGUACGACGACCAAGCUCCUUCUUCCGAAGCUUUGAAGACCAAGCGCAAAAGCAGCGCGCAAAUGGAAGCAGACCGCCCUUCGCGCCGUGUCAAAAAGUAUGAGUAUCCGGACUCUCCGCGGGACAACGGCCGCGACAUGGUCGUCUACCGACAAGAGAACCAUCCCAAUGAGGCACAACGGCAGAUGGCUGCUCACUUUUUGUCUUUGGUUACAAAGGGACCGGAAAGCACUCGGGGCUUUUCGGUCAACAAAGUGCUCAAGCGAUUCCACAAAGAUUUCUCGGACGAUAUAGAUGGCGACCGCGGACGAGGUCAAGGCCGAAGCCGCGCAGACCGCGAACAGAGACUAGAGGAUGAGAAGGACCUCUGGCGAACAUUACGUCUGAAGCAGAACGAAAGAGGAGAAAUUGUGUUGUUUUUUUAGUUAUCUUAAUCUCGAUGUUUAAUGGUUGCAUGGGCGCAUUUGACUCGCAUUUUUAUCCCCACCAGUUGAGGAACCGCAUUUAUAGCGAUGAUG